AUGUGCACUGACAACUGUGCCAAGUGCCUGGGGGUCGCCCUCCUUUCCCUCUCCACAGUUGCCUUCCUGUGUAACAUCCUGCUAUUUUUCCCUGGAGGAAAAGAGAUAGGCAACAUCGACAACCUUUCCCAGGAGGUUUUGUUAUUUGGAGGAAUAUUAGGGAGCGGGUUCCUGAUGCUCUUCCCCGCUAACAUGUUCUUGGACCUGAAGUACAAUGACUGCUGCGGGUGCUGUGGCACCAAGAGCUGUGGAAGAAGAUUUGCGAUGUUCUCCUCUAUAAUAUAUGCUGCGAUUGGAUUCUUGGGUGCUGGGUACUCAUUCAUCAUCUCAUUCAUCUCAAUCAGGAAGGGUCCUAAAUGCCUCAUGGACAAUAACAAAUGGGGCUACCCCUUCCACAACGGGGAUUACCUCACUGACAAAUCUUUGUGGAGCAAGUGCCUGGAGCCUGAGAAUGUGAUUUCCUGGAAUCUGAACCUCUUCUCUAUCCUGCUGGUCGUAGCAGUGAUCCAGAUAGUUCUCUGUGCCAUCCAGGUGGUCAAUGGCCUCCUGGGGACCGUGUGUAUAAACUGCUGUAAGGGAUAUAGACGAAUUUAA